CACAGUUGAAAAUGAGCUGAACCGUUCAGCCUGAACGUUAAACCUUGACUACUACAUUCGGGGAGGGUGACACGGACACAACUUCACAGCCACAAAAUCUGAGAGCUAUAAUGGAGGAUUAUAUCUUUGACUAUAAUUACACUGCGAAGUGUGAAGACUGUGAAGGUUUUGUCAUUGACCCCACUGAAGACCUGGUAUCUACCUUAGGUGUACAGCAUUGGGUUGCUCUGAUCUGCUACGGCAUUGUCUUUCUGCUGGGGGUCCCGGGCAAUGGUCUGGUAGUUUGGGUGACCGCAUUCAGAAUGCCAAACUCGGUCAACGCACAGUGGUUUCUAAAUCUGGCCAUCGCUGAUCUGUUGUGCUGCCUAUCUCUGCCUCUGCUGAUGGUACCGCUCGCUCAAGACCAGCAUUGGCCUUUUGGUCCUUUGGCUUGCAAAGUACUACACGGUCUGUUCUACAUGAUGAUGUACUGCAGCGUUCUGCUUUUGGUCGUAAUCAGCUUGGACCGCCUUUUACUGGUGACCAAACCCGUCUGGUGUCAGAACCACAGGAAUACGAAGGUAGCCCGGUGCACCUGCUUGGCCGUUUGGCUGCUGGCUCUGUUGGGUAGCUCUCCGCAGUUUGUGCAUAGGAUGGAAAAAACACUAAGUAAGACUAAAAUUAUUUGUGCUAAUGAGCAUCAUAGCCAUGGUCAAGCCCUGGCUCUGACUCUCUCUCGUAUUCUCCUGUCUUUUGUGUUACCCUUCUUGAUCAUCUGUGUCAGCCACUGGAAGGUUUACCAGACGUCAAAGUUUGGACGGGGCCACCGCGGCAAUAGCAAGUCAGCCCGGACGCUGCGUGUUAUUAUUGUUCUGGUGUCAUCCUUUUUCCUGUGCUGGAUUCCUCUGCACAUUGUGGAUAUCCUUGACAUAAUACUGCACGAUAAAUUUGAAUUACAUGCCAACCUGCGUUUAGCCCAGGUGUUAACGCUUUGCUUGGCUUACAUUAACAGCUGUCUGAAUCCUCUACUCUAUGUGUGUCUCGGGCGUGGUUUCAAAGAAAAUCUGAUAAGUUCACUGCGUAGUGUGCUUCACUUUGCAUCCGAGGCACCGAUCUCUCGAAAUACCAUGACUGCAAGCUCUAAAACAACCACAGACGGCAGCAGCUGUAAAACCCAAAUGAACAUUUACAUGAACACUUCAACCAGGAUAUAGGAAAUAUCGUUUUCUCAGUGCAACAGUAAUGAAGAUUUUUUCCCAAAACUAUGGCCCUUGGUGAUUCAUAAAAUGCAAGUCCAGAGCCUAGAGUCAAGUAAAAACAGGCCACACAAAAUGAAUCCUACUGACAAUAGUUUGAAAUCUUAGAAGAGAAAAACAACCUGUCUUUACAAGAAACUGAAAACUGUUGACAGCAUUGGAACCUAAUUCAUAACCUCAGUCAAAUGGUGCUGAAUCAUCGUCACCAAACACCGCAGUUUCAACUAGAAAUCCUGUAUUUGUUAAAUUACACAUCCACUUUUAAAUGUCUAUGAAGAAAUGUAUCUUCACAUGUAGCAUGCCAACAUUUGUACAGUGCUAGAGGAUUAUUAUUACUUU